GCUCGGUGUGCAGUGUGACAGCGGCUUGUCUGAAUUUAUUUCAGUCGGGGACGAAAGAGAAAUUGGGAGGAAGGAAUAAGGCGGAUAUCGGUGCCCGCUCUCUCAUGCAGUUUUGAAGAAGACGCCCCCUCCCUGCACCUGUUCUGCUUCGUCUUGUUGCCGUCUCGUCGCAGGAGUUGAGCCUCUUGCGAGUGAGCGGACGUCGCUUCUCAUUGUUAGAUAUACGUUGUUUUCAGCAUGACUUCGGCGUACAACCUGGAUUUCCACCCUCUGGCCGAAAGUCGGUUAAUGGCUUCGAGCGACACCGUCAACGGCAACGGCAACGGCAGCAAGAUGAACGGGUCACUUGAGCAAUUGGACCAGCCGGACCUAGACUCCAUCAAGAUGUUUGUGGGACAGAUCCCGCGAUCCUGGUCAGAAACGGAACUUAAAGAGCUUUUUGAGCCCUUCGGACCUGUGCACCAGAUCAACAUCCUACGUGAUCGCACCCAGAAUCCCCCUCAGAGCAAAGGAUGCUGUUUUGUAACUUUUUAUACAAGAAAAGCUGCACUGGAGGCCCAGAAUGCACUGCACAACAUAAAGACUUUAAGUGGGAUGCAUCAUCCUAUUCAGAUGAAACCCGCAGACAGUGAGAAAACAAGUGCGGUAGAAGACCGAAAACUCUUCAUCGGAAUGGUUUCAAAGAAAUACGGCGAGAACGAGAUCAGAAUGAUGUUCGCAUCUUUCGGACAGAUGGAAGAGUGCCGAAUUCUCCGGGGACCAGAUGGUCAGAGCAGAGGCUGUGCGUUUGUCACAUUUGCUACCAGGGCAAUGGCACAGAAUGCAAUCAAAACCAUGCAUCACUCUCAGACUAUGGAGGGCUGUUCCUCACCUUUGGUGGUGAAGUUUGCCGACACACAGAGAGAUAAGGAGCAGCGGCGCCUGCAGCAGCAGCUAGUGCAGCAGAUUCAGCAGCUCAACAGCGCCUCCACCUGGGGAAACCUGGCCGGCCUGGGGACCCUCACACCGCAGUACCUGGCAUUGCUCCAACAGGCCACAUCUACCAGUAACCAAGGCAGUUUCAAUAAUAUGCAGAGGCUAGGAGCAGGCAUGAACCCCCUUCAGCUGCAGAAUUUGGCCACAUUAGCUGCUGCUGCAGCUGCAGCCCAGAGCUCUGGCAGCCCGAACUCCACCAGCACCAUGUCUGCAAACAGUGCAGCCCUGGGAGCCCUGGCCAGUCCAGUCGGUUCAACAGCAGCGUCCAGCGCGGGUGCUGCCAUGAACACCUUGGCAUCUCUGGGCACACUGCAGGGUCUCACUGGCACCUCUAUGGGCCUCAACCUCAACGCUCUUACCAACAGCAUCAGUGGUAUGGGGGCCAUGAACGGAGGCCUGGGAGCCUCCAUGGCCAACGGGUCAGCAGCCAGCUCCAUGGACGCUCUGACCCAGGCCUACUCAGGGAUGCAGCAGUACACCGCCUCCGCCCUGCCCUCCCUCUAUGGCCAGUCUCUCCUGCAGCAGAGCAUUGCUGGCGGCCAGAAGGAAGUAGGGCCAGAGGGCGCCAACCUUUUCAUCUACCACCUGCCCCAGGAGUUUGGGGACCAGGAUCUUCUGCAGAUGUUUAUGCCUUUUGGAAAUGUGGUUUCUGCCAAAGUCUUCAUUGACAAGCAGACCAAUCUGAGCAAGUGCUUUGGGUUUGUCAGCUAUGACAAUCCUGUGUCUGCGCAAGCUGCCAUCCAGGCCAUGAAUGGUUUCCAGAUCGGAAUGAAGAGGCUGAAGGUUCAGCUGAAGCGCUCCAAGAACGACAGCAAACCCUACUGAUCCUAGCCCUGGGGCCUUCCCCCCCCCCUCCCCAGCUCUAAUGCUAGCACUGCUAGGAACAAAUCUCCAUGCCUGUUUGCUCAUCAUUAGCCUAGCAUGUCUUCAUGAUGUUGAAAGCCAAGCCAAACUCCUGGCCUCAUCAUCCCACCAUUGUCUGUGAUGUCUCUCUAAGCUCGCCUGACCAAUACCUGGCCACCCACUGACCCUUGACCUUAGCUCAACCUGAUUUUUCUGCAUGUGUAUUCAUUUUGUUUUGGUUUUUUUUCUGUAUAGAAAUGUGACAAGUGGGAGAGAGGUCAAGCAAAUCAAUGUGAAAAAUUGCCUGCGUGCAUUCAUUUAAGAGAACUUUUUUCGAAUGUUUUUCCUUUUUUUUGCGACUGUUUUAAAAACCAACCUGUGGGAUUUCGUAUUUUUAAUUUAGCUUUGUUUUUUUGUGUUUAUUUUUACCUCUCUCAGUAAAAUUCACUUGAAAGUUGAAUACAGGGAUUGGCACACAGCUGUGCUAUUUGGUGCCAUUAGCAAUACGUUGGCUUCUUUUAAAAAAGAAAAAAGAAAAUGCUACAGGCCACUUUUCAACACUUUUGAAAGUCUGACCAGUAAAACCCCUCUCAGUGCUCUGUAAUGAUCUCUACAUUUUGCGGGCAGUGUGAAGAUUUACACCAAGGCUAUUUAAAAAUAUAUUUUCUUUUCAUUUACAAAAAUCCAGUGUAUUUACCUUUUUUUGAACUAUUGAUGGCACAAUAAAAGGUACAUUUGCUCUGCUUAGAGAAAUGACUACCUACAUGAGUCAACUUUUUUAGAACUGAUUCACAAAUAGACAAUCUGUGGUUUAAAUGCACACUUAGAUUACCUAUAUUUUAUACCAUUGAAUCUAUAGAAGUUUAACUAACAGAACCCAGGCAAAACUUUGGGUUUUUUGUAGAUUAUGUUGUAAUGUCAUCUGUGUGUGUGUGGGGGGGGGGGCGGGUCUUCAGUGUAUUACAUUUUUAAAGAGGACUAAAAUCAGUUUGAUCGGGCGUGAACGUUUGAGGAUCAUUUAUAGUAAAUUAAAAACACUUUAAGUCAAAAAAUUCCUCUGCAUUAAUUGUUAUUUCAACAUCUGGGAAAAGGUAAAAAAAAAAAAAAUUCCACAAGGGUCACAGUAUGUAGACUUAAUUUUCUUUUCAGCGUUUAUGAAAAAUUUAGUGUUCAACUUCCACGGUACGUCUUGUUGACUUUCUGUGAGUUUGUCAUUAAUAAUUUAAUUAAUUGAUGUUUCACCUUGGUUUAGUUUGGAUGCCUCAUGUUGAAAGAUGAUUAAUGUCUGUUUAUCAUACAGAUGCCAGACAAUGUAUUUUUGUUUUAAUUUGAUGUUAAAGUGCCCAUGUGUCAAACUCAGUGUUUUUGAAUUCACACGUUUGUUCCUGUAAUAUUACCUAGUUUUCUUUACACACACACACACACACACACACACACACACACACACACACACACACACACACACACACACACACACACACACACACACACACACACACACACACACACACACACACACACACACACACACACACGACCACACCGUGACACGCAUAACACUUUCUGUGGUUGCAAAUGUGGGAGCCCCUGAAGAAGAGAUCACUUGGACACAACACACGACCUGUGGGUCUCUGCACAUUUUAUAGACACACACUCUUGCUUUUUUUUUUAUUUUAGUUUUUUGCUGAUUGUUCUUUUAAGUGACUUCCAGUAUCAUGUUUCAGUCGUACACAAUGCACAGCACAUUAAUGCUACUUACUAAGUCCACCACAAAUAGUGUUGGUUUACAAAUACAUUCCAUUUUUUUCAACACAAAGUUUACAUUUAGUUUUUGCCGGGGUGGUAUUUUGUCUGUUGUACUACACGUUGCGACAACCCUGGUAAAAUAACAACCACUUCACUCCCAAAGAAGGGUUCCCUAAAACUGCGUACCUGGUGGCGCUAAAAAGUUGUCAACUCAGGGGCUUUUUUUGUGUGUGAAACUAGACACUCACACAGGAUUACGACACAAAAAUGCACACUUAUUCACCAUUUGACCUUUUCGGUUUUGGAUUUAUUUUUUAUUUUUUCUCGAAAUACAUAAAUAUUCCAAAAAAUAUAUAAUAUAAAGAGGUACCAAAUUUGAAACUGAAAGUGCUUGAGGAAAGUGUUGUGGUUUUGUAAGGAAACAUUAAGCACAAUUGUGGGAGCUAAUCACUUUUGCAGAAUGUUGUGUGUGUGUGUGUGUGUGUGUGUGAUUAUAAUCCCCAAAAUUUCAAGGUACCACCGAUUUCACUUUUUAAUAUGGGCAUGUGCUUUUUACAGUGUGUUUUUUCUAUCCAAAUGCAAUACAAUAUUCAAAGUGCCAUAUAUACGUCUAGAAACUGCCUACACAUCCUUAUCAGGCCUUGGUUUAGAGAUUGCUGCAGUUCGCCUUUUUUGUCUAUUUAUGCCAGUGUAAUCGAAAGCUCUUGUCACCUGCUCAUGUCCCCCCCUUCUCUUCCUCCCCCCCACCUUGUGUGUUGAGUUAUUGGUAAAAUGUGUGUUGUGAUGUACUCAAUUUGAACAGUUGGUUUAAAAAAAAAAUUGUAGAUAAACAAUAAACUUCCCUAUACAUUUGAAGUUUAAACCUCUUUCUUAGUGAGUGUGAACACGUGUACUGUAACACUUUGCGAUACAAACGAUGGGUGACCAGAAGGGGAAUUUGUUUCAAAAUCAAAGUGAACAAGAUAAAUCUCAAGUUAAUAAAAAAAAAAAAAAAACUUGAGUGCCAUGUUAAGAUCUUGAAAUGAUAAAAAUGUGUCCAACACUGAAAUGAUUGCAGAUCGGUGGUUGGUAUGCAGUGUAUGGUAAAGUGUUACUGUGAAUGAAUAAAAAAAGCACAAUGUACGGUCCACAGCGGUCCUAACAGGAACUUGACUCACUUCAGGGGCUUCCAUCACAAAUCCCGUUCAAGCUCUAACAAUCACUUUUUUUGUUCUGUUUUCAUAUUCUGAAGUGCUAUUUUAUUUUAUUUUUUUGACAAGUGUGGUCGCUUUGCAUCUCUAUAGAUAUUGUCUUGAUCUAAAAGAAAAAAAAAAAAAUCUUUUCCUGUUAUUUUCUUGUCUGAUAAUCGGUAGGACUUUGUUCAUGUUCCACCAAUAAUUUAAUAGAUGUUUUAUCUUGUCUUGAUGAAAGCCAAAGUGGGUGCAUCUUGAUGUGAUCUGUAAUAUGCAUACAGUAGUUUUUUUUUUUUUUUCUGUUCAGUCAAUAUAAAUUUUUUGAAACUGGGUGGGAUUUAAAAAAAAAAAAGACAUGCACAGGCUUUCCAAUUUCUACAACUGGUUGUUCAUAUGUAUUUUGUACCAGUGAAGCUUUUUAUAUUGGAAAUUAAAGAAAAAAAAUUAUAUUGGAAAAAAAUUGUCUGGCCUCUCAAUGUGGCCUCGCCUUGACCAGGUCUCGAGUUUGGCCUCUUGGUGGUGUCAAGCAAUUUUUGUUUGUUUUUUUGUCUCUAAAAGAUGCCUGAUUUUGAUUUUACUCAAAUCUCUUUGGGUUUCUCUAUUCGUUAAUCAGUUUCCUUUUUUGGGGGGGGGGGAUCCUCUAAAUCGUGGUAAGUUUCAUGUUAGUAUUUGUGCUGUCCACAUAGUUUAAUGGUCAUCAGGAUUUCAACAACUUUUGUGGAUAAUUGUCUUAGUUGAAGAGUUAACGGUUUAGUUUGAGCCUUGCUUUUUACCUGUGUAGAGUUUUCUGAUUUUGUUUUUUCCCAUAGCGGGGUGUGUAGCCGAAAGACUGUGUUCUUUUUUGGUCAAUGUUUGUUCAUGUGUGGUGUGUUUCUUUGCCUCUGUCUCCAAAUUAAACCAUUUCCCCUAA